AUGGGGCUCAAGUACGCAAACUACUUUGACAACGACAAGUACGAGGUGUCGGACACCGAAAUCAUCAUCUGCAAGCAAUGCUCGUCGCACCUUUGUCUCUCGCAUUUGGUGAUUUCCGAUGGGUUCCGCGGCUCUACCGGUCCUGCCUACUUUGUAGACCAGCUCAUCAACUACUGGGCUGAUCCGGUUCCUCGCGACAAGGUGAUGCGGACGGGAACUUAUCUCAUCAAAGAGGUGCGGUGCAACCAAUGUAUGACUGCAUUGGGUUGGAUGUACAAUAAGGCAUACGAUGACCACGAAAGCUACAAAGAAGGCAAGUUUGUCAUCGAGCAAGAGUACAUCAAACUGAUACCCAACAAUUCCGGCACUCGCGCAUUAUGGGAACAAGCUCGUCGCAACAGUCAUCGGCGUCGAUCGUCGGCUCUGUCUGGGGGAAUUUCUAUUGACGAUUUGCAUUCCCCACACGAGUUUCUGUUUGGAUCUUCCAACUGUAAGCUCAAGUCGUACUCGGCAAGAUUGCGAGAAAAGGCGGUCGAUGAAGACGACGAAGUAUUUGUCGAUGUUUAG